CGGGGGGCGGGGCGAAGGGGCCCGGCGGGGCGGGGCCUUUUUCUAUAAGUGCCGGGAGUCAGCUGAGGCGUCGCAGUCCGACAAUUUGAACAAAACGCGCACAUCGCUUGGUGUGGUGUGUCUCGCAGCCGGUCUGCAAACUCCGCUUCUCCUCAUCUCGUCUACGUCUGUCUCAGACGCUAAUCGGCUUCCCAGAGAGACUCAUCUCUGCACUCGCUGUCGGAACGAAGACUACAGCAUCCGUUUGCAUUUUCGGCCUUCCCUUUGUGCGUCAUAAUCCCAGACUGUAAUAAAGGUCUCCAUCAUGGCUACACAGAUCCGAGUGGACAGCUCCAAUGUGAAAUACACUGAGCGUUACAUCGAGGCACAGUACUCCUACCACACCAGCGCUGUCUCCCGGGACAAUGGCACGUACAAGGUGACGCCGCGCAGCACGCACUACACCUUCCGCACCGAGAGGAAGCUGCCCAAGCUGGGCGUGAUGCUGGUGGGCUGGGGCGGCAACAACGGCACCACGGUGACCGCAGCCGUGCUGGCCAACAGGCUGGGCCUGAGCUGGAGGACCAAGACGGGCUGGAAGAAAGCCAACUACUUCGGCUCUUUGCUCCAGGCCUCCACUGUGUGCCUGGGAACCGGGCCCGAGGGCGACGUCUUCGUGCCCUUCCAUGACCUGCUGCCCAUGGUGCACCCCAACGACAUCGUCUUCGAUGGAUGGGACAUCUCCUCACUGGAUCUGGCCAGGGCUAUGGAGCGUGCCCAGGUCCUGGACUGGUCCCUGCAGGAGCAACUGCGCCCCCACAUGGCCAAACUGAAGCCCCGUCCCUCCAUCUACAUCCCCGAGUUUAUCGCAGCCAAUCAGGGGGAGAGAGCUGACAACGUCCUUGGGGGGAGCAUGGAGGAGCAGAUGGAGCAAAUCCGAAAGGAUAUCCGGGACUUCAGGCAGCAGAGCAGAGUGGACAAGGUGAUUGUGCUGUGGACGGCCAACACCGAGCGCUUCUGCGACAUCGUCCCUGGUGUGAACGAUACCGCGCAGAACCUGCUCAAAACCAUCCAGGUGAGAGAGGGCAGCCGGUACGGCCUGGGCUUACUUCGCAAGGACUGUUCUUGGAGCACUGAACUGCUACUACCAAAUGGGAACCUCUUAUCUGUUCACAUUUCUGGGAGUAAAGGGGGGCGCUCUGACAAGUCUCUGGAUGUUCCCCCGCAGGUGGUGAUCAAGUAUGUGCCCUAUGUGGGCGACAGCAAGCGGGCCAUGGACGAGUACACCUCCGAGAUCAUGCUGGGGGGCACCAACACCAUCGUCAUCCACAACACCUGCGAGGACUCCCUGCUGGCCAGCCCCAUCAUCCUGGAUUUGGUGAUCCUGACGGAGCUGUGCCAGCGCAUCACAUUCCGCACGGAGGACAGCCCCGACUUCCAGACCUUCCACAGCGUGCUCUCGGUGCUCAGCUACCUGUGCAAGGCACCCCUCGUCCCACAGGGGGCGCCGGUGGUCAACGCCCUCUUCAGGCAGCGCGCCUGCAUUGAGAACAUCAUGAGAGCCUGCCUCGGGCUCCCCCCACAGAAUCACAUGCAGCUUGAGCACAAGACGCGCAGCGGCUGUCUGCCCCAGGAGUGCAACAGCAUCACCGUUCCCACGGCAGCCAUCAAGAAGCCCGUCGCCCUUGACAACGGGUACCACGCGCCGCUGCUGCAGAACGGCUUCCACUAGAGCUGGUGGUGGGGUAAGCGGCGCCCGGCUCUGGCCUGGGCACAGGGCUCUCCUGUUUGCGGACAUUUGCCUGAGAAAAUAAAAAUAAUCUGUUUGUUGUUGUUUUUUUGUUAAGUUUGCUGUAGCUGUUCUGUUUGGUAGUGUUGUUUGCUUUGUAAAGGCGGGACGUCCCAGAGACCAGACCCCAGGAUUGUUUUUUUUUUUUUUUUAAGGAUAGUCGCAGGAGCGCACUGUCAUGUUUUUUUUUUUCUUACAUUUUUUUUUUGUUGUUGGGACUUCUUGUUGUAUAAAAAGGCGGAACCUUGAGAAUCCUCUGGAGGAUUUUUUUUAAGUGCUUGAAAGUUAUUUUUAAAACUGUUAGAAUUCCAGCUGUAUUUUGUCAAUUAACAGUUUUAAAGCAGUGGGGUGCCGUGUGAAGGUGGAAGAUGAGAUCGGUGUGUCUUGUUUCCACUCUUCGAUAAGGACUAAAUCAAACUUGGCCAUCUUGCACCCCUGCCAAUUUUCCUCCGGACAUCUGUAAAGCUUCUGUAAAAGGUGCUAGAGUUCUAGGUAUUGCUGCCAGUACCUCCAAUUUGCUUAUUUAAUUUAAAAAGAGGAGAAAAAACACCAUGUCUGACUGCCCCCCGAAGGGCUUUGUUCUUGUGCUGAACUGCUUGUCUCAGAAGUGAAAGGAGUGAGAUGACCUCAUUGUCCAGCCUCGUGGGAGAGAGGCUGUGUGUGUGUGUGUGAAUGGACCGUUCUUUCCUAUUGGGAAGCUGAGAGAGAGAAGAAGGUGAAAUAAAUAUCUAAAUUGUUCAAGC